AUGUUAAAAUUGAUUGAUCAAAAAUAUUUAAGAACAAAAAAAAUGGCUGUUUCAAACACACAAGAUUUGAUUGUCGAUGGAGCAGAGUUAAGUCAUCCAAUAACCAUCACACGUGGUAAAAUAUCUCGUACGUAUCUAGUCAUUGCAUAUCCAUCACAAAUAACAAGAAAUACAACAAAUACUCAUGCUGAUGGAACAACAACACCAGAUCCAAAAACAGUCAAAAGAUGUCGAUGGUAUACUACUGGUAUAAUUCGAUUUCAUGUCAAUCCUGAAACUGGUUUCAUCUACGAAGCACGACCGGAUUUACAUGAACUUGAAAUAACACUUGAAUGUAUAUUAGACAAAUCCCACAAACAACAAUUGGCUAAUCAUGCUGAAGAACUUUAUGGAUUCAAAUUAACCGUUGACAAUUUUGUCAUUUGUCCAUUUCAAACAUUUCUUGCACAGUUGACAAUUGACAUUGAUGGCAUUGUAAAAACAUUUUAUGGAACACUUAUGAAUAACAAAGAAUUGCAUCCAAUGCGAAUCAUUUUUAAAAUCGAAGAUUCAGAUGAAUUGUCAAAAAUCACUUCAAAACUCGCUCGUCCCCAUGAUAAUCAUAUUAUAUUGAGCUAUGAUUAUAGUCUAAGUGGAACCUCAACAGCUCAUGCUUCAUUAGAUGUUACUGCUGAAGAGGUGAGUCAAAUCAAUUUGGAAAAACAAAUAUUUGGCACAAGCAAAGCCGGAAGUAUGAUGGUAAGUCGAUCAUUUAUGGAUAAAGUUUCGGCUGGAAUUUCAAGCAAAUUGUGUGUUGUUGAAAAAAUCGGAGUUGGUGCAUCAUCAUGUGGACACGAUUUAAUUAAACAAGAAAUUAUUAAUGCCAUUUCAGAUGGUGGCUUCAAAAAGCUCAGUAUCGAUGAUAUAAAACAAUUGGAAAGCAACGAUAUGGGAGUUACCGAUGAUUUAAAAGCCAAUAUAAUUAAUUCAGUGUCUGGAAGCCAGGCAAAUAGCUCAACAUCAGAUCAACAUAGUUUAGACAAGUCUUCGUCGGCUAAUUCGUCAAACAUUUUGCAUGCUAACAGUGGAGCCAGUAAUCAAUCGGGAAGUCAAUCAUCGAACUCAUCACUAAGCCAUAGAGGAAAUGUAGAUGUUGGUUUUAAACUGAUUAGUGGCAAGGGCGGUUACAACUACGACAAUAAAAAUGCAUCUGAAUCAGCCUACGACAAUUCAAACAGUUAUGAUAAUAAAGAUCAUGCACAUAAAACUAACAAAAUGUCGCAGUUGAACGAAAAUUCCGGUAGCAAUUCAAACUCAAAUAUGGCAAGCGGCGAAAUCCACGGUCAAAUAAGACAAGUGAAAAACAUUGAUGUGGCAAUCGUUCAUCGAUUGAACGUUGCUAAAGGUUUCAAAAUUUCAUUGGUUCGAUGGCAUCAUCAACUGUCAACAGCAUGUGUAAAAGGUCGAAUAACAACAAAAGGCGAUACGGAAACAUUGGACGAAAUUCAAGCAAGACAGAAAGCAGAAGGACAAGCAAAUGUUAACCGUCAAGAAUACGUGCCAACAACAACACAUAAACCAGAAAUUAAAAAAUCAACAACUUCGAAUGUUUCUGAAGAAAUAUGGGAAUUAGUAGGACAAUUUUCAUCGAAUAGAACACCAUCUGAACUUAAUUUAUCCUCAAAAAAAUUAUCGGAUAAUGAAAUUGAAGUAAUUUGUGAUAAAUUGAAAACAAAUCAAAGUUUAAAGAAACUUGAUUUGUCUUAUAAUAUUAGCGAUACAAGUGCUCUACUAUUAUCUAAUGCAUUAAAAACAAAUCGAAAUUUAAUUAGACUUAAUUUAUCUUUUAAUCAAAUUAGUGAUGAAGGUGUACGAUCGUUAAGCGAUGCAUUAAAAGAAAAUCAUUGUUUAACUAUACUAAAUUUGUCUUCAAAUCAAAUCGGUGAUGAUGGUGUUCAAUUAUUAUCGAAUGCAUUAAAAGAAAAUCAAAGUUUAAUGGAACUUAAUUUGUCUUCUAAUAGAAUUACUGAUGCAGGUGCUCGAUCAUUAAGUAAUGCAUUAAAAGUCAAUCGAAAAUUGACUAUACUACAUUUGUCUACUAACCAAAUUGGUGAUGAUGGUGCUCUGUCAUUAAUUGAUGCAUUGAAACAAAAUGAAAGUUUAAUUAAAUUUUAUUUGUCUUUUAAUCAAAUUGGUGAUGCAGGUACUAGAUCAUUAAAUGAUGCAUUAAAAGCAAAUCGACAUUUAACGGAAAUUGAUUUGAGUUGGAACAAAAUUAGUGACACGAUAGAACAAAACAUACAGUCGCAAUCAAACAAUAAUUGCAAGAUUAUUUUCUAA